CAGGACUGAAUAGUCUCAUCUUGAUGCCCUCUGGUCUCAUUCUCUUUUCUCCCUCCAUCUCUUCUCCUUUCUCCAUCCCUUGCUCUCUCGGGACCCCUCACGUAUACUGACCUGCGGGGAGAUCGGAGAGAGAUCAUGCUGUCCGUACUGGCACUGACCUCCGUGGUGCUCUUGGGCAUAGCCUCUCAGAGCACGGCUCUAGUGGUGAACACAGACUCGGAGAAACAUGCAUUGGUGGGCUCAGAUGUCAGACUCUCCUGCUCUUUCUUCUCCUGGCAGUGGACUUCUCCAGAAGUGUCCUUUACAUGGCAUUACCGUCCAGAUGGGGCUAAGGACGCAAUCUCAAUUUUCCACUAUGGAGGUGGAGAAGCUUAUCCAGCUAAUAAAGGCCCAUUCCAAAACCGCCUGGAGUUUGUGGGCAACCCUAGUCGCCGUGACGGUUCUAUCCUGAUCAAGAACCUUGAUUUCGGAGACAAUGGAACCUUCACCUGUGAUGCCAAGAACCCACCUGACAUCGGCGGCCACCCCUCAACCAUUCGGCUGCUGGUGUUUGAGAAGGUUCCAGUGCAGGCUGGUGUGAUAACGGGCUCCAUUAUUGGUGUAGUGUUGGGACUGCUGAUCCUCGUUGUGGCAAUUUACUAUCUGAUGCGCUUCCUGGUGGCCAGAAGGGUGUUCAGCUUGAGCAUGAGCAAACAUGGCAAGAAAGGCAAAGGAAAAGAAGGAUCACAGCAAAAACAGGCUUCGGCUGUGACGGAUCCGGCCAAGCUGAAGGCGGCAGCAUCAGAGAAGAAGAAACAGGAAUCUCGCAGGGAGAAGAAAUAGGGAUUGUGGAGCAGAGAGCUAGAGCUCCAGAGCGGGGCCGCCUCCGCCCAGACCCAAGCCCAGGAGGAGGCAGCGGGGAUGGGCGGGCAGGGCAGGGUUCUUAUGACCAUUGAGCUAGAGCUCACUAAACAGGAGAAAGAGGGAGGGCAAACUAAAACCGGUCCCGCCGCGUUCUUUUCUCAACUCGCGCGCAAAAUUACUCUCAAAUGAACGAGACGGGUAUGAAGAGAAGAGGGGGUGGUGGAGAGUUUUUGGAGGCGAGGAGUGAAAGAUGAAUCCUUUAUAAAACAGGAGGACAGGAGAGGGGUGAAGUUUUGCUCUUUUUAAUAUCAACUGUGUGGUUUAAAAGAGAAAGAAAAACACUGUGUCCAAUUUAGGUGCGUCAUGAUAAAAGACAAGUGAUAAUCUUUCACAAAUUGCUUGAACAAAAUGUACUGUUAUAAAAUAUGGUUAGGGUAGCUCCACUCACAUUGCAAUCUCAUUGGUUCGAAUGGGUUUUGGACUAAAAUGUCUUAAGCAUGCUGUCACUUUAUAUUGUAUAAUUAUAUCGUUGAUACAAUUCUGGGUUCUUCUGCCCAUAUUGCAGUGCCAUUGAGGCAAAAUCACUUCUACUGUGAGGUUCGAAAGACAGAAAACCUGGAACAAAUGGAAGAAAUUAUGAUUAAUGUCUGAAUUAUAUUUCUGUUACGUAAAUCCUAGUAGCUUUAAACAAUAAAUACAAUUAUAAAUAACUCGGUUAGUGUUUUUUGUGCUAUACUGACAGCAACACUUGUUGUAUGAACUCCACUAGUUGGAUAAUGCUUGGAUUGCAUUUCUCCUAAUGUCACUAGGUGACACACUCAAUGCAUUUUUUUCUAAAACAUCCCGUAAUUUCCAAAAUAUCAGCCUCUACAUAAUGGUUUAUGGUAAAAGUACCGAAAUUAAUAUAUUUACUAUGAAAAGUUAGAAAUUUUGAAGUGUAAGACCAAUCUAUUUUAAAACGAAAUAAAACAUUUUUGAAUACCAAAUCAUCUUUAUUUUUUGAAGUAUGCCAUACAAUAUUUCACAUUUAAUUAUUAUUAUUAUUAUUAUUUUUUUUACAAUAAAACCAAAAUCAAGUGUAGUAGUGCAACAGGAUAAUGUUUGUGAGAUUUUUUUGUAAACCAACAAUGCUGUGUGUAAGCCAUUAUUUAAAACAGUCAGUCUUUAAAUGACUUUAACAGUCAUUAUUUACAACAGUCAUAUUUUGGUCAACCAUUCGGUAGAACGGGUAGUUAAAGAAUUAAGUAGAUGAAUAUCUGUUCAAAGGAAUUCAUAUGCACAAUAUUUCUUACUUAGUAAAUCAGAAAUAUUGUAGCAUUUUGAAUAAUUCUUAUUCAUUUUAUAUCCAAAAUCCUGAAACAUUGCUUUCAUCCAGGCUUAAAUGCCAGGUUUUCAACGUUUGAACCUCUCUCUAGCCAUAAAAUGUGAAUCUGUUCUCUGAAAAUGCACUCUGUUUUUGUUUUCAAGGAGCACAGAUAAAUUACCUGCGGCCUGAAAGUCUUUGUGUCGCACCUGGUUAGGACACAGUCUUUUAAAAACCCAAAAACACUUCAGCAGCACACAUUCACAACAAAACCCCAGGCUGAGAGCCUUCAGCUCCGAACACACUGUGACAUGUGUGUUUGAGAGCUGUAAUAGUGGCAGAAUGCUCAGCAUUUCCACUUUUGAAAGGGAUAGUUCAUGCAAAAAUUGAGAAAUACUAAUCCUUCACUUGUUCGAGUUUCUACUGAAGGAAGAUAUGCUGAAGAAUGACUUCCAUAGUAUUUUUUAAUCCUACUAUAGACCAUUUCAGUGUGGUCAUGUCAUUGACCCAUGAUCAUUUCCUGCUUGUUAUCAAACUAUUUCAUAACUGUAACAAGAGGCAAUUCAACUUCAUGUUAAAGCAGCUAUCAUAACGUUAUUUAUUCAUAUGUGGCUCUUUUUGGAUUCUCAGAAGCUAUAGAAAUUAAAAAUGUAAAACAGAAAAUACAUUGAGACCAAUGUUUUAGUUUACACCCCUCAAAAUGGUCUAUAAAUGUCAAUGGCUUCUUAUCCCCCAACAUUCUUCAAAAUAUCUUGUUUUUGUUUAACGAAGAAAGAAAUUCUUUAAUUAUUAGAACAACUUGAGUGUGUUUAAAUGGAGAAAGUAUAGGUGAACUAUCCCUUUAAGUGUCAGACCACCUCUCUCUGUAAACAAAUACAAUCCUACAUACGAACACAAUCCUAGCCGUAUACUUUUCACAUUGUACUCUUGCUGAAAAGUUCUUUUGGAAACUUUAUAUUAACUGUCUUUUUUUUCCCCUAUUCCCUCCCUCUCUUUCUCUGUUUUUACUGCCUGUCUCUGUUUUGUUGUCUGUCUUUGUACUUCGUCUCCUCUAAUCUCUCUUCCUUAUAGCGUAUCUGACACCCUUUUUCUGGUCAUUUUUCUACUUUCACAUGUAUAAAUUCAUCUCAUCAUCUGAUACACUGGUGCUAUUACUUCCUGUAGGCCGGCCCCCAAAAGUAGCCUCCCAUCCCCACCCUUCAUUUACUGAGAGCUAAAUAUAUAGCACUAGUAUUUUUAGUCACACACACUUUUUAGUCUCACUUUUUAAAAUUCCAUUACAGUCAAAGAGAAUUCCUUCUUUCGGAAACACACACACUCACUAACACUCAUCUCAUGUAUCCCAUCACGCAGUUUUAAGUGCCUUCCCAAAGUACAUUUACAGCGAAUCUGGCUUAGUUUUUGCUCUGACAGCGUCGACUGAAAUACCCGAAAUGACGUUGAUACUGUUGGCAGCGAAACUCAAACAUGCUGUGAGAGUUACUUGACACUCUAAGCCAGAUUCUCACGUCUGUUGUCUGACAAGCAGCUGAUUAUUUUAAAGCACACUUGUAAUGGCAGAACGACCUCUGUCUCCAUUCUGCCCCUUAUUUUUUUAAGCCAAUGAGGGCCGGCUCCUAUGGAGGCACUGUCCCUCGACCUUCAUAUAUCAUUAGUAAAGCUCCAUCGCUCCAUCCCGAAUCAUAGUUUUACUUCACCUCUCUCUAAUUCUCCUCUAACUAUCAUAAACGCUCAUCCACCAGCUCCUCUUCUCAUUCCCUGUUUCUGCUGGUAUGGUGCUCUCUCCUGCCCCCCUGCUGCCCACAGGAGAAACAUUUACAUUCGGCCAGUCACAAAGACGUCAAUGCAAAAACAAAAAGUUAAUUUAACUAGCUCUCUGCAGACUAUGAGGCGCAUGUGUAUGUUUUUAUUCUGAUGAGAUGUAACCUGUCAACAUUAGGGGAACAAAACAACAUAAAGACGCCAUGUCAUUGUAAGUAAUGAAAAUCCUAUGACUGUUUGUGUGUCGGAAGCAGAAAUGUAAUAGAGUUUUAAUGAUGUUUAAUAAUGUUUCUGCACUUUCAUUUGACUGACGUGGCGGUGUUCAUGUGGCUGCUGCUUCACAACAGUGUUUACCAUCAGCUUGUUGGCUUGCUAAGUCCACAGGAAGUGAUGCAACGAGGGCAGAGAGGUUUUCGAGAGAGAUAUAAAUGAUGAAAUACCGGGUCGGAGACUUGGACUGAAUACAUAUUGAGGGGAAAAGUCAGGCCAAAGUCCAGUAAACAUUCUCACUGGAUGUGUUUUUGUGUCUUCAAGUCUUCGUGUCAACCCUGAGACCGAGAGGGGCUCUCAUCGGGAAAGUUUUAGAAUAGUGAGGGCUUGUGGGAAAUAUGUUUGUUACACUAGAGACAGAUGCUUUUUAUGCAUCUCAGAGUUGAGGUCGAGCAGCCACAUGGCUUCUGCCAUUAAACUGUGUUUAAAUAUUGGGGAAUCGCCAUGUUGUAUGUAUUGUGUGCCCCUGUAUUGGUAAAGGUCUAGGUAACCGUUCUCUCUUUAAACUCCAUUUAAAACGGCUAAUAAUUUUUUACUUUUAUUUUGACUUUAACCUCGCUAACAUUGGUUUUCUGUAAAAUGUCUUGUAAAAUGUAAAUGCUCAAGUUCAAAUAAUUUCAGAAAAAUGUCAAUAAAAAAAUCAGAUCCCUCGUGUGUUUCCAAUGU